UCCGAAAGAUAAACAGUGUCCAAAAUGUCGUCCACUAUCACGGUUCCCGAAUACGUCCGUCAGCGAGUGCUGAUCGUUGCAAGGCAGCAAGGUUUCGGAAAUAAUCCGACUAUAACCUACGAGCCGGGAUCGAAAACGGGCGAUGGUUACAUCGGACUAAUCGUGCGCGCUAGGCUCACCGAAACAAAACCAACGGCACGAUCACCGCUAUCGAUCAUCUGCAAAUUUCCACCGGAAGAUCGUCAGCAACGCGAACAGUUCAAUGCGAUGGUGCUAUUCGAGCGGGAACAUUUCAUCUAUCAACGAGUUUUGCCAGCGUUCGAGGAGCUUCAGCAGGAGUAUGGCCUUAGCGGACAAGAUGGCCGGUACUUUGGUAACUAUCCCAAGUGCUAUCACACGUACUGUGACACCGAGCGAGGUGAGGCUGCCCUGAUUUUGGAAGAUUUAACCGAUCCUGACCGUCCGGCGCUUACGAUGCUUAAUCAGUACGAUCGAGUGGAUUACGACCAUGUGCGGGUGCUUAUGCUGGCACUUGGCAAGUUGAAUGCAUGUUCAUUCGCCCUAAAACAGCACCGUCCUAAGCUGUUUGCAGAGCUACAACGACUCAACGAUCUUCUGUCGAUCGUACUCGACACGGAGCAGAUGGCACCAUUAACGCCACGUCACUGCAUGCUGGCAGCAUCGGCGUUCCAGCCCAGUGAACAGCCCCCGGAUCAUCGUGCAGAGCUGCUCAACCUGGCCACCGAUAUGUGGCGUCGAACUGGUGCCCAUAUCGAUGGUAAACGCGCAGAACCAUAUGCCGCACUAAACCACGGAGAUUGCUGGACGAACAACGUUAUGUUCGGAUACGAUGCUGAAGGCUACGUCAAAGAUAUUUGCUUGCUGGACUGGCAAAUGGCUCGCUAUAGCUCACCGGUGCUCGAUUAUGUGCUUUUCAUCUAUCUUUGCGGAGAACGGGAACUUCGACGGGACAAGUUCGAUUCCCUUGUCCAAACGUUUUACGAUUCCUUCUCCAAUACGUUACGCCAUCUGGGAGGUGAUCCCGAACGAUCCUUACCCAGGGAUGAGCUAGACAAACAAGUGAAACGUUUCGGCCGUUUAGCACUGGCAAUGGGGACGUACGCGUUACCAAACUUUGCUCAGCUUCCGGAAGAAAUAAGACAGAAUCCCGAAGCGCAUAAAAACGAUGUACGUCUACAGAAUUAUCAUCAAAUGAUGCGCGAGCUCAUCGAAGAUACAGCAGAAUUUGACCAUUUCACCCCAAUAUGCCGAUAAUAAAUGUAAACAAAA